UCAGCCAAUGAGCGUCGAGCUGGCCGCUCAUCAUCUCCUGCCGGCGCAAUGGAGAAAGUGUGCGCUGUCGUUCACGUCUCACUUCGUCGUCGUCCGGAAAAGACCCCCAACUGCUGAGCGGGCGCUCGGUGGAGUCGACUGUAAUUCUCUCGACAGGUUCUCACGAUGGAGAAUGGAGAUGAUAGCAGUGUCCGGUUCCGCCGCCAGACCUUUCCCGACAAGCCCACCUCCUCUGACCCGGAGAGCCCGGUGAAUGGCGAGUGUAGCCGAGGAGGGGGACACGGUCAGUCCACUGGAGACCGUCACGUCAGCAGCAAUGGGAGAAUUGAGGUGGAACACAGGAUGAGCAAGAAGCUACAACUGAAAAGAAAAGCAGAGUGCCUGACAAAAGACCUGAUGCGUGACUUCAACAACCAGGUCAGUGAGUUCCUGGACAGUCUUAUCGAGGAGUCGGCGAGCCUGGAGCCUGCACCCCUGGGUGCUGUAUUCUCAUGCCCUCUGUCAGACAAGGAGAGGAGCAUACUCGGGCAUUUUGCGCCUCCUCAUGGCCAGCGCAAGCAAUUUGUCAACCGCAGGUCUCUCCUUGAUGAGCUCUUUGAGGUGAACCACAUCCAGACUAUCUACCACAUGUUUAUUGCCUUGCUCAUUCUCUUCAUCCUCAGUACACUAGUGGUUGAUUUCAUAGAUGAAGGCAGACUGGUGCUGGAUUUUGACUUGCUGGUCUACGCAUUUGGACAGUUCCCCCUUGUAGUGUGCACAUGGAUUUUUAUGUUCCUGACUGUUUUAGUGGUUCCCUAUCCCCUGUUCAAGCUAUGGACGCAGACCCAGUCUGGCUCUUUCAGUCACCACAGGCUUUACAGCUUUUUGUUUGGCUCCAUGUUCCUUCUCUACCAGGCUUUGGGACUUGGUUUUCUACCCACAUAUGUGGUGGUAAUCAACAGUUUUCCCCCGGCCUCGUGCUUCAUUGUCAUCUUGGAACAGGUGAGACUCAUGAUGAAAGCACACUCCUUUGUAAGAGAAAACGUACCCAGAGUGCUGGCCUGUGCCAAAGACAAGUCCAGCCCAGUGGUUCCUCACUUUUCUCAGUAUCUGUACUUUUUGUUUGCACCCACACUUAUCUACAGAGAUAAAUACCCAAGGAGCCCGAUGAUCAGAUGGGGCUAUGUGGCCACAAAGUUACUCCAAGUUUUAGGCUGUCUGUUUUAUGCGUAUUACGUGUUCGUGCGGCUGUGCAUCCCUCAGUUCCGCAGCAGCAGUCUUCAGUUUUUUGACCUGCGGGCCAUGGUCCUCUGUAUCUUUAACUCCAUUCUGCCUGGAGUGUUGGUUCUUUUCCUGGGGUUCUUUGCCUUCCUCCAUUGUUGGCUGAACGCAUUUGCGGAGAUGCUUCGUUUUGGUGAUAGGAUGUUUUAUAAGGAUUGGUGGAAUUCUACAUCUUUUGCCAACUACUACCGUACUUGGAAUGUAGUUGUUCAUGACUGGCUGUUUCACUACGUGUAUAGGGACUUCCUGUGGAUCUCCCAGAAGCGCUUCCGAACGGCAGCCAUGCUGUUUGUUUUUACCCUGUCCGCAGUGGUCCACGAAUACAUCCUCGCAAUCUGCUUCGGCUUUUUCUAUCCAGUCCUCUUCUGCCUGUUUAUGUGCUUCGGAAUGAUGUUUAACUUCAUCCUUCACGACCAAAGGAAAGGUCCCAUCUGGAACAUAAUCAUGUGGACGUCCCUCUUCUUGGGUCACGGCGUCAUCAUUUGUUUGUACUCUCAGGAGUGGUACGCCCAGCGCUACUGCCCCCUGAAAGAGCCUUCCUUUCUAGAGUUACUGAAGCCUCGGUCAUGGACCUGCAAGAAAGUUAUGGUGACCGACUGAUAAGCUGUGACCCGUUUGCAGAACCUGGGAUACUUUGACAUUGGACGGCUUUUCUGUUGCUGUCCCAACUUUUGGUGUCUGGUGUUUACACUACAGAGUUGCCUUAAUAUAUGGAAGAGAUUUAAUUAGCCAAAAUGUUCUUUAUUCCCAAAUCAAAGGAUGCCUUUUGUUUUCAUGUCUUCAAAAUGCAUCCAGGAAGAACUGCAAAGUAAUAUGAGAUUUUGUGUGUGUACACUUUUACACGUUUCCCAAUCCUUUUGACUUGAUCUUCUGUGAAGUUACGCCUUGUUAGUAUGAGAGCGGCAUUUGUCAUUGUAGCAGCUGAAUACAGUAAUAAUGCACAUGUCAUUCACACAUGCAAUUAUAGUUAAUAUUUAACAAAUCCAGGAAUUGUAUCCUUGUCAUAAAGAUGUAUUUUUUUUUUGUUUGUUCGGCAUUCCAAAUUCUAAAGUGCCUGGGGUCUUCGAUAAUUCAGACUGUAUGUUAUUAAAAAUAUGUAUAAACUGUAAAUAAUAUAUUGUGUAUCAACUUAAUAUAUUCUGUUACUUGUACUGGCCUGGCCAUAUGUUGAGCUUCAUCAAGAAUACUGCUGCUGGAGCAAAAUAUGAUGGACUUGCCCUGUUUUGAAAUCUCUAUAGUCAUGACUUUUUAUAUACUGUAACAAAUACUUGAUUCAUUUUAUUAUGCUACUUCAGCAUGUGCAUUUACUCUGCUUGAAAAUUGUACAACAGAAAUUAUUUUCUGUAGAAAUUCUAUGGAAAGUCACAACCGAAGUUCUGUAGAGAAAGUUGUUCUACACAAAUUCUAUAGGUUUCUAUUGAAUUUCUAUAGAAAAUUUUUAGCAGGGUUCACAUGGCCAUUAAUUAUCUGCACUUAUUUCAGGGAUAUGGCUGCAGUCUGUCAGAAUAUUGAAACACCUGAGUUAUGAUAUUCAGUCGGAAGGGCUAGUUUGCACAAAUAAGCCCUUUGAUUCAAAAGUUGCAUUUUGCCAUGCUGCGUUUUAUUUUUUUCUUGAAUUUGCAAUCAGGCCUCAAGAUUUAAAAAAAAAAAAAAAAAUGCAAGCCUUGUUGACCUUUAUAUGAACACGAGGUGGCGCUGUAUUAAAGGUUUAUGUUUGGAACUGUUCUUCGAUAGUUAUUGCUUGAUUUGUAAUAGUUUAGAUUACUGUAUGUACACAUUGAAUGCUUAAUAUUAUUUACUGGCCUAAUUUAAUUUAACUCCAUUUUAGACAUCCACGUUAAAAUAUGACAAUUAUCCAAUCCAAACCAAACCACUUGUUUCUAAUAUUUCAGCAAUAGACAAGAUACUGACGAAUUUGAUCACAUCAGUUAUUUUGUUUACAGAACGACCUUUUCCUUCAGUAAUUUUUAUUUAUGAAUAUUUUUUCCCCACAGUAAGUAGUCAUAGUACUUCAGAUACAAUAGUAUUCACUCACUGGCCUUGACUCAGCAUAAAUUUGGAGUGAACAUCACAUUCUUGAUCCAUCCACUUUUUGCACUUAUUACAGCGUCAACUCUUCUUGGAAGUUUGUUUGUUGGUUUGUUGAAGUUUUGUGCCAUUCUUCAAGAAGGACACUGAUGUUGAUUAAAAAGGCCAAUCCCUGUCUCUUAA